CAUCGAUCUAGAUUGAAUCAGAGUAGCACAGGUAAUACAUGCAAAGACGGAGAUCUCUAAUGAUGCGUUCCCAUAUCCUCAAGGAAAUGAAUCUCGCUGUCCGCUUUUAUCGUCCACGAUCCCUUGGAGGUCAGCGCUGAAAAUGACGUCUUUCCAUUCUUCCCGUUUCCAGUCCGUUCCCACAGUACAAUGUGCCGCCGGAGUACGAGUUGCUCCCCUACGCGAGAUUGGUUGGGAACGGCUUUCCAGUGGCAACCCCCUCCCCGCGGAUCACACCCACGAUGAUAGAGGGCGUUCUGACAGGAUCGCCGAGCUGCUUGCCGUUCGCGGCUGCGCGCGCGCCCGAAUUACUGGAACCGAUUCUUAAAAUAACAACACGAGAAGUCUUAAACAAGAAGAGACGCUUUGCGUUGCUCGCCGAGCAUCCGACUCGCAGUCCUCAGUCCUAUUUUUGUGCGGACCCUUGUGGACCCCGGUGUCCAGAAUGCAGGACGUUUGAGCGGGUACUUCCUGGCUCAUUAAAGACGAUGCUGCCGCUGCUAGCAUAGCCUGGAGUCGCGAUCCCG